CCAGCAGUGCACCCACCUGUGCCACUCUGCAGUGUCACACAGCUGUGCCCAGAAGUGCCACCUACCUGUGCCCAGCAGUGCCACCCACCUGUGCCCACCCACCAGUGCUGCCCACCAGUGCAGCCCAGCAGUGCUGCCAGUCAGUGCCACCAUCAGUGCCCAGCAGUGAUGCCAGUCAGUGCCGUCUAUCAGUACCCAUCAUCAGUGUCACCUAUCAGUGCCGCCUAUCAGUGCUGCAUAUUAGUGCCGCCUAUCCGUGACACCUCAUUAGUGCUGCCUAUCAGUGCCGCCUAUCCAAGCCAACCACAUUAGUACUGCCUAUCAGUGCCCUUUAAUG